UGAAUGAAAGGGAAAUCAACAUCUUAAAUUUGAUGCCGUGAGAUGUUGGGUUCAGAUCUAAAUUCCACGAAAUGACAUUUUUACAUUGCAGGAACCAAAAACAUGAGGACUAGCUGUCCUGAGGAAAAGGCCAUCUGUGUAUGUUCAGUGUUAUUAUUCCUCACCACCAUUCAAAAACUAAAUUCUUCUGAGGCCGAGUUUGGCUUUAGACCCAGUGUUAGAAAAAGUACUAUUCUGGAGUUUUAUACUUUUUGAAUUGCAAGUGGUUUUUCUCUCUCUCUCAUGUGUCACUAUCCUACAAAUAGGAGAAGAGUCAAGGGAAAUGUGGCAUGCAUGGGAAUAUCUACUUACCAGGAAGGGACAGAAGCUAAAAAAUAAUAACAUCAACAAUAACAACAACUGAAUUGCAUGAAUUGAAUUGAAUUGAACUGGAUUGAAUGCCUAAAUAUGGCAGACUUCCUAGAGCCAGAAAGGAUAAUAAACUGGAAGGAAAGAUGUAUGGUUAUGGAAUCUCAACUAAUGAAGUUUCGCCUUCAAGCCAGCAAGAUUAGAGAACUGCUUGCAGAGAAGAUGCAGCAACUUGAAAAACAAGUUAUUGAUGCAGAUCAUCAAGCAGAAAAGGCUUUUCAACAGGUGCAGAUUAUGGAAGAGAAACUGAAAGCUGCUAAUGUCCAAACAAGUGAGUCAGAAACACGCUUAUAUAAGAGAUGCCAAGAUCUGGAGAUUCUGGUUCAAGAGAAAGAUGAUGCUAUCCAGAAUCUGGAACAACAGCUUGUAGAGCAGAAGGAAAUCAGAAUACAAGAAGCUAAAAUUAUAGAAGAAAAAGCAGCUAAGAUUAAGGAAUGGGUGACUGUCAAGCUUCAUGAGCUAGAAACAGAGAAUCAGAACCUCCGUACGAUCAAUCAAAACCAAACUGAAGAGAUUAAAGUGUUGCAGACUAAAUUACAAGAGCUUCAGGGAAAGAAGUCUGUUUCUUCAUCGCAAAAACCUGGAGAAGGCCAGCGACUGAGCAGUUUGACUUUUGGAUGCUUCUUAAACAGAGCAAGAAGUCCUCAACAAGUUCCUAAACCUGAAGAUGCAAGCAGUUCUCCCUCAAAACAAGUUGAUCUUAUCGAAAACCAUAAAAGUCAAGAGAAUGAAAUUCAGGAAACAUCCCUUGCUGGCCAAAUACAAGGAAAUAAUAGAAGUCUGAAACCAUUGCAACAAAACACUUGCGUUCCUGAACAAAGGAUGGCAGCAAAGGCAAAAGAUACAGAUAAUAACAUAUCAAAGAAUUCUUGCAUUACAGUAAGUGACUGGAGCUCUGAUGAAGAAGGAAGCAAAGGAAGAUCGAAAUCCAGAUGUGUAUCUACUUUUUCAAGCCACACAUCUGAAGAGGGCACAGGGUACAGCAGAAUAGGGAGCGAAAUGUAUUUGACAGCAUCAGAUGAUAGUAGUUCCAUGUUGGAAGAGGAAAGUUUUCAAGCUCAGGGAAAUAUACACAAACUAUAUUCCUGGCAAAAAAAGUCUUCAUGGAAAAAUCAGAACCAUCUAAUUGGAAAGAGCAACUUGGAAUCGUACAGUGAAAAAAAAAGUCACGAUAGCUUUUCGGAUGAAUUGAAUAAGAGAUUUCAAUGCCACCGGCUAGAUUAUUCAUCCUCUUCUAGUGAAGCAAAUACUCCAAGUCCAAUUUUGACCCCAUCUUUGGCUCCUAAGCAUCCAUCAGUGAUGCUGGCAGCCAGCUGUCAGUCUGGCAAACAGCUUGAUUCUCCAUCUAAUCUGCCACCGCCCAAACUGAGGACUCCUAGUGCUUUUAUUCUAAGUACAGCGUUGGCAAAAAAACAUUUUAGCCAGCCUUCCUUGUGUUCAGAUAAACUGUUUGGCAAAAACAGGAAUGCUAUAAGCAUGAUACGUCCUUUUAAGCCUCAGGAAACAGACAUCGAUCAGGUAGAUGGAGAUGAUGCAGAGGUUUUUGAGAAGAUGGAGAUUAGUUGUAACGAGGAAUCAUUUACUUAUGAUUGCUGUGAAACGAAAGAUACAGAAACUGUGGAUUUGAGCGAUUCAGGGAAGUUGAUUAACAGUAAACCUCCCACUCCUCCAUUACAUCGAUUCCCAUCUUGGGAAAACAGAAUUUAUGCUGUAGCCAAAUCAGGUCUGUGCUUUUCUGAAGUCUUCAACAUGGACUCUUUCAAUAAAAGUUCCUCUUCUUCAUCUUCAUAUUCUCCAUCAGGGCUCUACACAUCAUUAAUAUAUAAGAACAUGACUGCACCAGUUUAUACUACUCUUAAAGGGAAAGCAACACAAAUCAGUAACAACCCAUUCUUAGAUGACUCCUCUGGAUCUGAAGAAGAUGGUUCCCAAUCCAGUUCACGGACAUCUGAAUCAGACUCUCGAAGCAGAAGUGGUCCUGGUAGCCCCCGGGCUAUGAAACGAGGGGUCUCUCUGUCUUCAAUGACUUCAGAAGGUGAUUAUGCCAUUCCUCCUGAUGCCUAUUCAACUGAUACAGAUUAUUCAGAACCAGAACAAAAAAUGCCUAAAACUUGUUCAUCAUCUAGUGAUAAUGGAAAAAAUGAACUGCUAGAGAAAUCUGGAUAUUUGUUAAAAAUGAGUGGUAAAGUAAAAACAUGGAAACGACGAUGGUUUGUACUCAAAGGCGGUGAAUUGCUUUAUUAUAAAUCUCCGAGUGAUGUAAUAAGAAAACCCCAAGGUCAAAUUGAAUUAAGUGCAUCCAGCCAUAUUGUAAGAGGUGAUGGAAAACAAACAAUUCAGCUGACUACAGAAAAACGAACUUAUUACAUGACUGCAGAUUCCCCAAAUAUCUUAGAAGAAUGGAUCAAAGUUUUACAAAAUGUCCUUAAAGUACAAGCUGCAAGCCCACUUUUUAUUCAACCAGAUAUUAAACCAGCAGUGAAAGGCUUGCUUACUAAGGUGAAACAUGGAUAUUCCAAAACAGUGUGGUGUAUACUAGUUGGGAAAACUUUAUAUUAUUUCCGCAGUCAUGAAGACAAGUUUCCUUUGGGCCAGAUAAAGUUAUUAGAAGCUAAAGUUGAAGAAGUUGAUCGAUCCUGUGAUUCAGAUGAAGAUUAUGAAGCCAGUGGUCGUAGCUUAUUAUCAACACAUUUUACCAUUGUCAUCCAUCCUAAGGAACAAGCACCCACGUAUCUUCUAAUAGGAUCCAAGUAUGAGAAGGAUACUUGGCUUUAUUAUCUCACCAUUGCUGCUGGAAGCACAAAUAUAAAUGUUGGGACAGAGUUUGAACAGCUUGUCUGCAAACUGUUAAAUAUUGAAGGAGAACCCACUUCUCAAAUCUGGAGGCAUCCCACUCUUUGUCAUAGCAAAGAUGGAAUUACUUCUCCUCUUACAACCCUUCCAUCAGAGGCACUGCAAACAGAAGCCAUAAAAUUAUUCAAGACAUGCCAGUUAUUUAUCAAUGCUGCUGUGGAUUCCCCUGCUAUUGACUACCAUGUGUCUUUGGCCCAAAGUGCAUUGCAAGUCUGUCUCACACAUCCAGAGCUUCAGAAUGAAAUCUGUUGUCAGUUGAUAAAGCAAACAAGAAGACGGCAGCCACCAAAUCAAAUAGGACCAGUUCAGGCCUGGCAACUUUUAGCACUCUGUGUUGGACUCUUCCUCCCACAACACCCAUUCCUUUGGGUCCUUAAACUUCAUUUGAAGAAGAAUGCAGAUUCCAGGACUGAAUUUGGAAAAUACGCAAUUUACUGUCAACGAUGUGUAGAAAGAACACAACAAAAUGGUGACAGAGAAGCCAGACCAUCAAGAAUGGAAAUUCUUUCAACACUUCUAAGAAAUCCCUACCAUCACUCCUUGCCUUUUAGCAUUCCAGUACAUUUCAUGAAUGGCAUAUACCAGGUUGUUGGAUUCGAUGCUUCUACCACUGUUGAAGAAUUUUUGAGCACACUUAAUCAGGAUACAGGAAUGAGAAAACCCACACAGUCAGGAUUUGCCCUAUUUACUGAUGAUCCUUCCGGCAAGGAUAUUGAACAUUGUCUUCAAGGAGACAUCAAAAUCUGUGACAUUAUUUCUAGAUGGGAACAAGCCUCUAAAGAGCAGUAUCCUGGAAAAUGUGAAGGCACAAGAACAGUUAGGCUUACUUACAAAAAUAGGCUCUAUUUUUCAGUACAAAUCCGGGGAGAGACAGAAAGAGAAAAGCUACUGUUAAUGUAUCAGACAAAUGAUCAAAUUAUAAAUGGGUUCUUCCCUGUAAAUAAAGAUCUGGCACUAGAAUUGGCAGCACUUCUGGCCCAGGUGGAAAUAGGAGAUUUUGAAAGACCUUUCUCAACUCCAGCAGGUCAAGUAACUUCCCUGUCAAAAUCUAAUCAAACUUUAAAACAAGUUGUAGAGAAAUUUUAUCCCAAAAAAUACAGAGAUAAUUGUUCAGAAGAACAGUUAAGACAGCUUUACCAGAGAUUAUCAACCAAAUGGAUGGCUCUUCGUGGGCAUACUGCUGUAGAUUGUGUGCGCAUUUACCUUGCUGUGGUACGGAAGUGGCCUCUCUUUGGCGCCAAGCUGUUUGCAGCAAAACUUUUGACAGCAUCCGCACCAGAGAGCAAAUUGAUAUGGCUUGCUGUUUCUGAAAAUGGUAUUAAUGUUCUUGAAUACAACUCCAUGCGGUUAAUAUUGACAUAUUUAUAUAAGAACCUAGUGACCUUUGGAGGUUAUCAAGAAGACUUUAUGCUGGUGGUAAACAACACGAGUACAGAAGAGAAACAUACUGAAAAACUCUUGUUUACUUUUGCCAAACCAAAGAUCCUUGAGAUUACUCUACUUAUUGCCAGCUACAUUAACAAUUUUCAUCAACAGAAGAAGACAGUUCAUGAAUUUUCUGCUCCACAAUCAAGAAAUCCAAAAUCUAAUGAUAUAGAAUGCCAUUCAUUUUUACUGCAAAACAGACCAACCAAAGGACCUACUUUAUUAUGAAUAAUGGGGCUAAAUGUAUGUCAUUUAUAUUAGGUUAUUAUUUUGAAAGGAUAGUCUGUUGUUAAUUAGAAAUUAACAACAUAUAUAUAUCUUGCACAUUUAUUCUUCUAUCAAGCUUGGGACUCUCAGAUGUGAACUGUAAAAAUUCAGAUCUCCCCUGGAUGACAGUAAAAAUAUAGAAGAAUGAUCUUUUUUACCUUGAUAGCUCUCUGGAUUUUUGCAUCCUAGAAGUAAUAAUCCUACUCAAGCUGAAAGCUGUGGUACACAAGAAAUUGCAUUUUUCUUCAUAAUUAUUUUAAUAUACAAAGUACAAAAUAAUAUAUAUAUAUAUAGUAUAUUUGGUAAUCCAAAUAUUAAUUAUUCUGAAUAAACACUGUGAAUUGGGUAGCUAAAAAUAAUCAGGAGAAAUAAUAAUGAACAUUGGAGAAAUAAUAAUAAUCUUUAAAUACAAAGAUUCAUACAAAGCCUCUGCUUUCCUCCUUUUCUUCUAAACUCUUUUCUAAAUCGCUCCUAGAUUUAAAACUUCUAAAAAAUGUGACUGCAUCCACAUAUCACACUAAACCAUCUCUUGUAAAAUAUGACAGAGUUCUUGCAAUGAGUAUAGUAAUUAUAAUUCUUUGACCAGGUCAUAGUUUGUUUCUUCUCAUUUAACUGCACUUAUAUUAGAUCUAUGUUGAUAAGUUAAGAGUUUGGCAAGGCAGAAAACAUAUUAGGAAUAAACCAGAUUGCAGGGAAGCCUUCCAUGACUCAUAGUUAUAAUGAUUAAGCCAAUAGCAAAUAGUUGUUUCAAUCUGUAGUUUACUUCUCUAAAAAAAGUUAAUGGUUUAUUCACUGAUCUUAUUUGCAUAUCACUUUAAGCUAAAAACAAGUAAUUACAUCUUGGAAUGCUAUGUGAAUAUAGCAUAUAUACAAUAACUCAUUUAGGGUGAAAGAGUGCUCCAUCAUAAAGAUGUGUGCUUUCUGUCUUAACUGAUCUAGACAUAACCUUAAAACUAUUUAUUGAGAAAACUGAUUAGCAUUUAAAUACCUGAUAAAACUUCAUAAAAAUCUUAUCUUUUCAUUCUGGUACUUUCAAACAGAUCCAAGAUGGCACCGCCGAAGGCUGCCUUGGUGAAAUGCUCUCUAAUGGUUUCUUUAUUUUUAAUUAUUCUCUGCGACUCACUACGGAUUUCUUACUCACGAGACCAUCUGCUAAGAAUUAUGUAACGUUUCUUUAAGAAGCAGCUUUCUGUUAUCUCCCCACCCCCUCCGUCUUUACAAACGCAGAGGAGAUUCUAACACAGGAAGAAGCAAUUUCCCAGACUAUGGAUUACCAAGAAAACCAAAUGGAGGAAAUGGAGACGAGGUAAAAGGGCGGGAAUUUUAAAUUUUAAGCUAAGGAAUAGGGGAAAUAGAACUGCUCUGCCUUCGAUCUUCCUGACAAAUUUACGUUCACUUGCUAACAAGAUGGAUAAAACACUCCUUUUAAACAGAUGCAACUCUGAUUUUCACAGUGCAGCUGCCCUAUGCUUUAUUGAAACCUGGUUACAUGAUGAUAUUGAAGACAACAGCAUGCAAAUUCCACGGUUUCAGAUAUACAGAGCAGACAGAAUUUCAGAAUCAUCAGGUAAAAAAAGGGAGGAGGCUUCUGCUUAUAUAUCAACAACAGCUGGUCUCAGGAUACAACUAUAAUAUAUAAAUUCUGUGACGAAAACUUAAGAGUCUUUAAUUAUCAACUGUAAACCAUUUUACUCUCCACGUGAGUUCUCGUUUCUACUAAUUGCUGCUUAUGUCCCCCCACAAGCCUGUGUAAACCAGGCAUUACGGAUUCUAGUUGACCAGAUUAUGGAGGCUGAAGCCAAAUACCCCAAUUCACUGGCCAUUAUUAUGGGAGAUCUAAACAAAGCAUACUUAAAGAAAGAGCUACCAAAAUACUUUCAGCAUGUCAAUUGUCCCACUAGAGGCAAGAAUGCUUUAGACCUAGCUACACAACACUAAAAGAUGCUUAUCGGUCCUUACCACGAGCAGCUGUGGGACAGACACUCUGAUCAUUGCAUGAUUCACCUUGUACCUGCUUAUAGGCAAAGAUUUAAAACCACGAAACCAACAAUUAAAUCAGUGAAGACCGGGACUGAGGAGGCAAAGUUAAAGCUACAGGCCUGUCUUGACUGCACUGAUUGAAAUGUUUUCGAAAAUACCUCUGUAGACUUAGAUGAACUCAUAGAUAUUGUAACAUCAUAUGUCAGCUUCUGUGAAGACCUAUGUGUACCAACCAGGAACUUGUGAAUAUACAGUAACAACAAACCUUGGUUCACAGCUAAACUUAAGCAGCUAUGUCGUUCCAAAGAGGAAGCCUAGAGAAAAGGUGAUAAAAUGCUGUACAAUUAGGCCAGAAAUGUAUUAACAAGGGAGAUCAGAGAAGCAAAAAGAAGCUACUCUGAAAAGCUAAAGAAUCAGUUCUCAACAAAUGAACCAGCAAACAUGUGGAAAACUCUUAAAAAUAUCACCGGUUUCCGCAAACCCAGGUUGAAGGAAAUCAACAACUGGCAGAUGAUCUGAAUGCAGAUUUUUCUGCAGGUUUGAAAGGAAACUACAGCCACCUAUCUUCACAACUCCCAUCUCAAGACACACUAAAAACAGCCAAGCCUCCUACAACUGACCCCAUCCCAUUGGGUUCACAACCCCUAGUGAUCACAGAAAAGGCAGUGCAGGACCUAUUUCACAGACAAAAGCCAGGAGCUCCAGGCCCAGACAAGAUAACUCCUUCUUGCUUAAAAGUCUGUGCUGACCAAUUGGCCCCCAUCUUCACCUGUAUAUUCAAUAAAUCACUAGAGAUGUGCUAUGUUCCUUCUUGCUUCAAACAUUCUACUAUCAUCCCAGUGCCGAAGAAGCCCACCAUCAAGGGCUGAAAGACUACAGACCAGUUGCUCUAACCUCUGUAGUCAUGAAAACCUUUUGAAGGCUAGUGCUGUCCCACUUGAAAACCAUCACGGAUCCACUGUUAGACCCCCUGCAAUUUGCAUUCCGAGCAAAUAGAUCAACGGAUGAUGCUAUUAAUAUGGCUCUGCACUACAUCCUAUAACAUCUUGAGUCUCCAAAGACCUGCACAAGAGUCCUCUUUGUAGAUUUUAGUUCAGCAUUCAACACCAUCAUUCCAGACAUUCUUCUAAGCUAAACCAGCUAGCAGUACCUGAACACACUUGUAACUGGAUCAUAAGCUUCCUAACAGACAGGAAACAGCAGGUGAAGCUAAGCAGAACCACAUCAGAUACUUGUACAAUUAGCACAGGGGUCCCACAAGGCUGUGUGCUCUCUCCACUUCUCUCCAUAUACCAAUGACUGCAUCUCCAAUGAUCCAUCUGUUAAACUACUGAAAUUCGCAGAUGACACAACAGUGAUUGGUCUCAUUCGAGACAAUGACGAAUCCGCAUAUAGACGAGAGGUCGAACGACUAGCCUUGUGGUGCAACCAAAACAAUCUGGAACUGAACACAUUCAAAACCGUAGAAAUGGUGGUGGAGUUUAGGAGAAACCCUCCCAUAUUACCACCUCUUAAAAUACUAGACAACACAGUAUCAACAGUAGAGACCUUCACAUUUCUAGGUUCUACCAUAUCUCACAACCUAAAAUGGACAGCUAACAUCAAAAACGUCAUCAAAAAAGCAUAAUAAAGAAUGUUCUUUCUACGCCAACUCAGAAAGCUCAAACUGCCCAAGGAGCUGCUGAUCCAGUUCUACAGAGGAAUUAUUGAGUCUGUCAUCUGCACCUCUAUAACUCUCUGGUUUGGUUCUGCAACCCAACAAGACAGACACAGACUUCAGAGGAUAAUUAGAACUGUAGAAAAAACAAUUGCUACCAACCUGCCUUCCAUUGAGGACCUAUAUACUGCACAAGUCAAAAAGAGGGGUGUGAAAAUAUUUACAGACCCCUCACAUCCUAGACAUAAACUGUUUCUACUCCUACCCUCAAAAUGACGCUACAGAGCACUGUACACCAGAACAACUACAGUAUCUUAUGAUUCUUGACGAAUGUAUCUUUUCUUUUAUGUACAUGAACAGUGUAUGCACCAAGACAAAUUCCUUGUGUGUCCAAUUACAUUUGGCCAAUAAAGAAUUCUAUUCUAUUCUAUUAUUCUAUUCUAUUCUAUUCAUCAUUUUUUACUUCUGCUCUAUUUUAUUGACUUGCAACUCUCAGGAUAGAAAUUUUGCUUUAGGGACAGUAUCUGUUGUUAGUACUGUAAAAUACUAUUCAAAUGUUACACAUGUAAGUUAGCAUAAUGUUAUAUUAUUUAGUGAUUAACAUACAUAUAUGAAGGUAGUUUUAGUUUUCUAAAACAGUGUUGCUCAUAAAUUAAUUCUAACUGAAUUUAUAAGAAAUACUGUUUAAACAAGAUAUCUGAUUUAAAAUAUCAAUUUUUGAUGAUUAUUACCAUUUCUGUUUUUCAUUUCUGUAAUAGAUAAUCAAAUGAAGAGUUGUAGUGUAGGGAAGGGAGAGUUUAUUUUGUUUUCACUAUUAAUAAUUUUUGCCAAUCUACUUCACUCAUUCAAAAAGCUGACAGUUAGAUCUACUAGUCAAAGUACACCUGGCCGAAUUUAUUUAAUUAUUGACUCCUAAGGCAAGUCACAGAUCUGUUAUUUAUUUUUUACAAGUUUACAAAACCAUUUAUCAUUAUUAUUUAUUAAAAUAAUUUUACCCACUUAUAUUCUCAUAUAUAUGAAUGCAGUGUCUGAAUGUUGAUAAAUAUAUAUCAAAACUUUGAGCAAAACUUGCCAUUCUUCAGUUUUAAAAUAUGUGGUAAAAUUUACAGAAAGAAUAAUUUUAAUAGGUUUUACUGAAGAAUUCAGUGGCGCAGAGAAUCACAUGGUUGCUCUAAACUUUUUUUAAUGUGUCUUAGUGGCUAAGUCUGUUACAGUGCCCUGUAUAGUCACAAUUUCCAUACUUUCAAUGUUUGCUGGAAUUAUUUGGGAUAUGAAGGAAGUAUCCUGCUGGUGGAAAGGAGCUUUACGAAUAGGACAGAAUAAAAUGCAUACUAAAAGCAAGUACAGACAAGUUGGGUAUUAAAGCUGCUAUUAUCCCAGCACGGAAUUAGUAAUGCUGAUUUUUUCUUCCACUAAAAUUGAAAGGAAAUUCAGAAAAAAGAGGAACUGAAUAUUUCAGCCAGAUGUAGUCCAUCAAUCAUGCUGUAGUUUAAUAUUGUCCUGCUUUAUCAUCUUGUUUGCAUUGUUCUGAGCAUUUAGAGGUUAAAAAAACUAUCUGGUUCUUUAGCAGGGAAAAACUAUUACUCAUAAUUCUUAAGUGUUGAUGGAUAUACUUUAGUCAUUUUCAUCCCUUCUCUCCUUGUGCAUUGGAGCAUCUUAGAGUAUCACCCUUAACCUAGUGAAGCUGAAUGAAAGAAUAAAAGCUCAAUAAGGCUUUUCUUCUUUAGUUGCAUCAGCACAAUAAUGGUUGACUCUAGAGCAGACAUGUCCAAGCAAAGGUACCAUGGACCACAUCCGACCCUGGACAGAUAGUAAUGCAGCCCUACAAGAUCAUAAACUUUGAAAAUUAUCAUAUGCAUUUAUAUAUAUUAACUACAUUAUAUACUUUAUAUGCAGUCCAAGACAAUUCCUCUUCACUCAGUGUUGCCCAGGCAAGCCAAAAGUUUAGACAAUCAUUCUCUAGAGGAUACUACAAAUGAUUACAGCCUAGAACUAUUUCUCACUUCACACAGUUUGUCACCUAUGCAAAAUUUCUCCCUUUGUUAAAAAAGAAAGUAUUGAUUUAAAAGAAACUAUAGUUGCAUAACCAACAAGCACGUCUAUAAAUAAAUUUCUGCAAAUCUGUAUAUGUAGAGUUUUUGACAUACUGUGCUGCUAAUUAGAACAAAUUUGGGGAAAUUUAUUUUGGAAGUCUUUUUAGUCUUUAGAAGUGGGACCAGCAUUUUCCAAAGCAAGUUCAUUACAUUUAAUUAGCAGAUCCAUUUUCACGCUUGAAAAUAAAAACUGCAUAAAAUUCUACCACCUUGAAUUUUUACCUGUUUUUUCAUUUUCAAGGUACUUGGGCAAGAGCCCAACAUAGCUCUAUAUUUGCUGCUGUCUCCAUGUAAAAUUAAUAGUGGUACCCUGAUACUCUUAUAGAGGCUAUGUAUAAUCAUAUUUCAUUUACUGUAUAUUUUUAUUAAAAAGAGACAUGUUUGCAAACAUUAUUCUCACUGUGCAUGCAUAAAUAGCUUACUGUGUGCAACAUUCACUACUGUAGGAAACUGUAAAUUUAAACUGGAUUGCACUUCUGAAUGUACAUCUGUCCCUAUGUAUUGUUCUAGAUGCAUCCUACCUAUAUGUAUACUGGUACAACUAGCCAUACCUAACAUUUAUCUUCAAAUGUUAAAUAUGGGCCCCAUUCCAAAAUAAUGAAAACUGAAAAUAUAUGCAAUUUAUAUAAACUUAAUCAAGGAAUACUUUAAUGGCUCUGUUAUUUCAAAUUGUCCUUAAAAUUAACAAAAUGUUAAUUUAUAUUAGAAUAUUUAUAUUUAUUUAAUCUAGUUAUGGUUUUGUAUAAGGUAUUUUUAUAUAACUGUAAACCAUUUUAACAAAUAAAAUAAAUGAGAAAGAAGUCUGUAUUUUGUCAUGUAGAUUCAGGGUUAGAUGGGACACCAUAUUUUAGAGCAGCAUUUUUCAAAUUUAGCAACUGUUAAGAUAAUGCGGACUUCAAUUCCAUGACCAGCUGGGAAAUUCUGGGAGUUGAUGUCCAUACUACCCUCAAAACGACGCUAUAGAGUACUGCACACCAGAACAACUAGACACAAGAACAGUUUUUUUCCUGAAGGCCAUCACUCUGCUAAACAAUAAUUCCCUCAACACUGUCAAACUGUUUACUAAAUCUGCACUACUAUUAAUCUUCUCAUCGUUCCCAUCACGUCUCUUUCCACUUAUGACUGUAUGACUGUAAGUUUGUUGCUUGUAAUCCUUAUGAUUUAUAUUGAUAUGUUGUUGUUGUUGUUAGUUGCGAAGUCAUGUCCGACCCAUCGUGACCCCAUGGACAACAUUCCUCCAGGCUUUCCUGUCCUCUACCAUCCUCUGGAGUCCAUUUAAACUCAUGCCUACUGCUUCAGUGACUCCAUCCAGCCAACUUGUUCUCUGUCAUCCCUUUCUUCUUUUGCCCUAAAUCUUUCCCAGCAUUAGGCUCUUCUCCAGUGAGUCCUAUAUUGAUAUAUUGACCAUCAUUUGUGUUGUAAAUGUUGUACCUUGAUGAACGUAUCUUUUCUUUUAUGUACAUUGAGAGCAUAUGCACCAAGACAAAUUCCU